AUGGUCCAAAUUACCUCCGUCGUUCUCGCCGCUCUCCUUAUCGCCCCUUCUCUCGCUGUCCCCGUCAUCAACGGUCAGCAACUUGAGGCCCGCGAAGAUGCUCUCGCUGUUCGUGAGCCCAGCUCCGAAUACGACAUAGGUCUCGAGCUCUCCGAGCGCGACCUCGAGGAUAUCCUCGAACGUGACCCCAAUUUCUUCAAGAAGGCAUUCAAGAAGAUCAAGAAGAUCGCUACCCCCGCCAAUAUCGGCAAAGUCGCCAGCUUCGUCGUUCGCGACCUCGAAGACGUCGAGUUUUCAGAGCGCGACCUCCAAGAGCUCGAAGAGCUAAUCGAGCGCGACCCGAGCUUCUUCAAGAAGGCAUUCAAGAAAAUCAAGAAGAUCGCCAAACCCUCUCUCCUGGGCAAGGCCGCAGGCAUCGCGGGCAAUUUCAUCCGCGAGGACGCCCUCACCACCCUCUCUGAGCGCGACAUCGCCGACCUCGAGGAGCUCGAGGAGCUCGCCGCCCGCGACCCCAACUUCUUUAAGAAAGCGUUCAAGAAGAUUAAGAAGAUCGCCACACCCGGAAACAUCGGCAAGGUCGCGAGCUUCGUCGUCCGCGAGGACGAGCUUGACAUGCUGGCAGAGCUGGCGGCACGCGACCCCAGCUUCUUCAAGAAGGCGUUCAAGAAGAUUAAGAAGAUCGCCAAACCCUCUCUCUUGGGCAAGGCCGCAGGCUUGGCCGGCAACUUCAUCCGUGAGGUGGAUGACUUUUCCGAGUUCUCUGAGCGCGAGCUCGAGGGCCUUCAGACGCUGGCUGAACUCGCCGCUCGGGAUCCCAGCUUCUUCAAGAAGGCGUUCAAGAAAAUCAAGAAGAUUGCUAAACCAUCCCUCUUGGGCAAAGCCGCAGGCAUCGCUGGCAAUUUCAUCCGCGAAGACGCUGGUGAAGUCGAGGAUCUCCUGGAUCGCGAGUACGAGGAGUUCGAUGAGCUUGACUGA